ACUAGAACUUGUCUUUUUGGCUUGUUUUGUCUAUUUAUAUUGAAACGAUCUGAAACUUCGAAUGAUUUCAGCAUGUCAAAAGGACAUCACAACACUGAGGAGGACUUUAAUGGACCCCUAACAUUUUUUCUGAUAGGGGCAAACAGCUGGUGUAAGUGUAUGGUAGGAAAUAAAAUUAUUGGGUUUGAACAUUUCCUACCAGAGCAUUUUACAUAUGCUGAUGAGGUAUCAUUGCAAAUAAAUGACCAAUGGAUUACUGUUAUGCAAAAGCCUGAGACUAUAAUGCAGAGGUUAACGGAGACAUCAUCUAGAUGUGCUUGGAUGAUUUUAUUUGUCCUGCAGCAUGACCAUGUUUCUCAGAGGGAUAUGGACGCAUUUGCUAAUUUCCAGCAGAGGUUUGGAAUAGAAAUGGAGGAAAAUACUGUUGUAGUGCUGUUCAAUAGUAAAGAUAACACAUCAGCAGGGGCAAAUAAUGAGAACCUGGAAAGGACACUUAGUCGGUAUGGAAGGAAAUUGUGGAUUUUUAACAAAAAUCUGGAGCAAAGUCAAGUGAUUAAACAACUAAUUGCACAUAAGAAAUGUGCGCCUGAGUUGCACAAUGCUGAUAGAUCAUCACAUCAGACAAAAUUGGUGGAAAGAGAGAUUCCUAAACCACAAGAAGCAAUUACACAAGAUCAAAUGUCAGGGGGUAAACAAGCUGCUGUCAAGAAGAAAAACACUUUGACAAUUGUCCUGCUGGGUCAGACAGGAAGUGGAAAAAGCGCUACUGGAAACACCAUCCUGAGAAAACAGCACUUUGAAUCACGUGCCAGUUCAGUGCCAGUAACAAAGGUGUGCCAGUUUGGAGAGGAAUCUGUAUGUGGAAUCAGGAUCAAGGUAAUUGACACCCCUGACUUCUUCGAUGAAGACUUAAAAAACCAAAAAGAACAGAUUAGAAAGUACAAAGAGCUCACUCAGCAAAGACCUGAUGUGUAUUUGCUGGUCUUGGAGCUCGGACGUUAUACAGAUGGAGAGAGAGUGAUAGUUCAGAACAUACAGAGAAUGUUUGGUGCUGAACUGGUAAAAGAAACCAUCAUUAUGUUCACCAGCAAGGAGAAAUUAAGAGGAAAAUCUCUAUCAGAGUACAUUAAAAACACUGACACGCAACUGCAAAAGCUGGUCAGAUCCUGUGGAUCACGGUGUCAUGCGUUUAACAACAACAACGACAAUCUUUCUCAGGUGGAGAGACUAUUAGAGAUGAUUCUGGAAAUGAAAAGGAAAAAUGGAUGUACUGACAUUUCUGAAGACUAUUCAUUCAAUAAGAAAUCUGAGAAAAAAGAGUGCAUAAUCCAAUAGAGUCUGAC